CGCUCCGGGCCACCGGCUGCCCGGGGCGGGCCGGGCUGGAGUUGCCCUCUCUCCCCCUCCUUGCUCUGCUCUCCCGGUUUAAUCUCUCGGCGACUCCUCUGCCAGCCCCGAGGAAAGUGCAGCCAUUGGACAGUCUGCUGCAGCCCGAGCCUUCCCAGGGCUCAGCUCCUCGGGGCUGCCCAUCCCUCCGGCUGCGAGAAAGGACGCGCGCCCUGCGUCGGGCGAAGAAAGAAGAAAAACUUGUCGGAGGGGUUUCGCCAGCCCACAGUAACCCCCUUCUCGCAAAACCCAAACCUCCCGCGAAGGCCAUCCCAAGACUGGGGAAAGUUCCUUCCGAACCGACAGCCCUCUUGGAUCUGGAGGAGGCAACCGCGCUGGCUGUGGAAUUAGAUCUGUUUUGAACCCAGUGGAGCGCAUCACGGGGGCUCGGAAGUCACUGUCUGCGGGCAGCGGGCUGGCGCUGCCUGUGCGGAACCGAGAGUUUGCGAUCCCCGGCUGCAAGUGGCCUUUCCUCCCCGCAGUUGUUGAUCUGUGUCUGGGGUGAGGGCUGCGAGUGUUCUGGCAAGUUGCGAAGAGAGACCCGGAGGUCCGGAGAAGACUGCGCUCCGCCUCGUACUCCCUUCUGGCUCUUUCCGGCUCGCGGGUGUGAAAUCCAAGCGAAAUUUACAAAGGCCUCCUGGUCCAGCAGACCCCGGUCCGCAGCGUUUGGCCCUGUUUUCCCCAUUCCCACUGGGAGCCCCGGACCACAGGGCGCCAGGGAAGGACUGGCGGGGAGGGGGAGGGAGGUCGCGGCGGCGGCAUGGCGAGGUUCCCGAGGGCCGACCUGGCCGCUGCAGGAGUUGUGUUACUUUGCCACUUUUUAUUGGACCGGUUUCAGUUCGCUGAAGGGGAGCCUGGAAACCAAAUCAAUGAUUGGCAGUAUCAAGUUGCACAGGCCUUCCCGCAAACAGAAGAGGAGGUGGAAGUGGACUCACACGCAUUCAGCCACCGGUGGAAACGGAACUCGGAUUCUCUCAAGGCAGUAGACUCGAACCGAGCAAGCCUGGGCCAAGACUCCCCAGAGCCCAGAGGCUUCACGGACCUGCUCCUGGACGAUGGGCAGGACAACAACACCCAGAUCGAGGAGGACACAGACCACAAUUACUAUAUAUCUCGGAUAUAUGGUCCAGCUGAUUCUGCCAGCCGGGAUUUGUGGGUGAACAUAGACCAAAUGGAAAAGGACAAAGUGAAGAUUCAUGGAAUAUUGUCCAAUACUCAUCGGCAAGCCGCAAGAGUGAAUCUGUCCUUCGAUUUUCCAUUUUAUGGCCAUUACCUACGUGAAAUCACUGUGGCAACUGGGGGUUUCAUAUACACUGGAGAAGUUGUACAUCGAAUGCUAACAGCCACACAGUACAUAGCACCUUUAAUGGCAAAUUUUGAUCCCAGUGUAUCCAGAAAUUCAACAGUCAGAUAUUUUGAUAAUGGCACAGCACUUGUUGUCCAGUGGGACCAUGUACAUCUGCAGGAUAAUUACAACCUGGGAAGCUUCACAUUCCAGGCAACCCUCCUCAUAGACGGACGCAUCAUCUUUGGAUACAAAGAAAUUCCUGUCUUGGUCACACAGAUAAGUUCGACCAAUCACCCAGUGAAAGUGGGGCUGUCUGAUGCAUUUGUCGUUGUCCACAGGAUCCAACAUAUUCCCAAUGUCCGAAGAAGAACAAUUUAUGAAUACCACCGAGUAGAGCUCCAAAUGUCAAGAAUUACCAACAUUUCAGCUGUGGAAAUGACCCCAUUACCUACUUGUCUCCAGUUUAAUGAUUGUGGCUCCUGUGUAUCCUCUCAGAUUGGCUUCAACUGCAGUUGGUGUAGUAAGCUUCAAAGAUGUUCCAGUGGAUUUGAUCGCCAUCGGCAGGACUGGGUGGACAGUGGAUGCCCUGAAGAGUCAAAAGAGAAGAUGUGUGAGAACACAGAGCCAGCGGAAAGUUCUUCUCAAACAACCACAACCAUACGAAUGACAACCACACAAUUCAGGGUCUUAACGACCACCAGAAGAGCGGCGACAUCCCAGCUGCCCACCAGCCUGCCCACAGAAGAUGAUACCAAGAUAGCACUACAUCUAAAAGAUAACGGAGCUUCUACAGAUGACAGUGCAGCCGAGAAGAAAGGGGGAACCCUUCAUGCUGGCCUCAUUGUUGGAAUUCUCAUCCUGGUCCUCAUUAUAGCAGCAGCCAUUCUUGUGACAGUCUAUAUGUACCACCAUCCAACAUCAGCAGCCAGCAUCUUCUUUAUUGAGAGACGCCCCAGCAGAUGGCCUGCAAUGAAGUUUCGAAGAGGUUCUGGCCAUCCUGCCUAUGCUGAGGUUGAACCAGUGGGAGAGAAAGAAGGUUUCAUUGUAUCAGAGCAAUGCUAAAAUUUCUAGGACAGAACAGCACCAGUGCUGGCUUACAGGUGUUAAGACUAAAAUUUUGCCUAUACCUUUAAGACAAAUAAACAAACACACACACACACACACACACAAAGGAAUCCUAAGCUGCUGUAGCCUGAAGGAGACAAGAUUUCUGGACAAGCCCAGCCCAGGAAGGGAGAAAGAAAAACUAAAACUUAAACAAGAUACCAUUUACCACUGAACAUAGAAUUCCCUAGUGGAAUGACAUCAAUAGUUCACUCAGAACAUCUCCUGUGGGCUUAUCAGAAGUUUGACAAGAUUACAAUGCUGUUGGCUUAGGUGCAGGGUUGCAAAGGGAUCGAGAAAAAAGAAUAACAAGAAAGCUUUAGUUCACGAGGGACCUACACUUUGGUUCAAAUUUUCUUCUCUGAUGUCUCAAAGACAACACUGUUCCAAAGCCGGAACCGUUUCGCUCAAAAGAGCAAUAAUGAAUGUUGCAAGAUGGCUGAGAAAAAUAGCUCCUGCAGGAGCAAAAACAUACAGAGACUAAGAGAUUUUCUAUCUUUUCACCAGACGGGCGGCAAAAGGAUUUUGUUUUUCUGGUCCAGCUCCACCUGUUCCAAAAAGUUCAUUAUUUUACAGGAUGAAUCUUUUAUCUGUACUGGAGGUUCAGACGAUGCCUCCCUCUUCCUUGUUAAUGAAGGCCCUUUCUCUGAGCUGUGACAGAACUUACAAGCUUUUAGCUAAGGAUUAGGAAAGAGGGAGUGGCAAAUGAGGCCUUCCAUUCUCCCACCUCAGAAUAAAAGAUCUGAUUUGUUUUAUGAAGCGUUGCCUCCAUUUCCCAACUGUGAAGUCCUAUGAAGACACAGUUGCUCUUGGCUGAAGGAAACGAAAGGAAACAAUACAGAGAGUUCCUUAGUUGUUGUUUGAAGCAAAAAUGUUAAGGGAUUCUAAUCAUAGGGUUUUGUUUUUUUGGUUUUUUUUUUUUACUUUUUGCCAUUUCAGUACUAAAGGCCCAUUUUAUUGUCGAUUCCUGAGAAGCCAUUCAAAUCAGCAUAUCCCUGGCGAGAAAAAGAUCGAGAGAACCCUGCUGAAUCAUACAGUAAUUUUCUUUAAAGCACAUAGUAGUUACAUAAAUAUAUAUAUAAAUAUAUUUUUGUUUAUAACUAACACAAGGCAGGCUCUUGUGACUCUAAGAGUGCAUUUUGUCAUCAAGACAAGAAUGCAAGAUGCAUUACUGCAUACUUCCAUAGAGUUGUAAAAUAAUCCUUAAUAUUAGAAUAUUUUUAUGUCACUUAGCGAAAGUGGUUCAAUUAAUUGCAGUGCCGAUCAUUAUCCUGCCGAUUUGAGCCACUCCUUCAUUCCUAUCAACCUCUUCCCUCCCUGGUUAGAGAAAACAGAUGCAAAAGCUCCUUAGAUGGAUCUGUCAUUUGCCCUGGAAUCACAAUCCAGAUUUCCAAAGUUCCCCUGAAUGAAGAAAAGAAAGGCAUCCGUUGAGCAGGAAAGCGGUUAAUAUAUAUACUGAGCUCCUGAAGUUUAAAUUCAGGUACUGUGUGUACAGUUCAUCAACAUCUCGACCCGUGAAACUUACAUCCUGUGCCAAGAAGCUGUUGGUUCUUGUAGGGUACAGUGUCCAACAUUUGCAGAUUCGGGUAUAAAGAAGCAGAGAAGUCUCUUACACAGCACUUUAUCAAUGGCUUAGCAUCUGUACGCGGUGUCUACAUUGAAUGACAUCAGUCCACUAACCAAGUAUCGUAUUUAUCGUCACAAUUGUCUGAUGCAAACUAGUGCCAUUUUCCAUCAUUCUAUAUUGCUUUACACUUGUAAGUACCUGAUGAGGGUGGCAACCUAACCUACUUAGUUAAUAAUUGCAAAAAAAUUGACAAGCAAGGUGAUUGAAGGAUGUGAUGACAAUCUGUCUGCUGUAGCUGCUUUCUGUUUAUAUGAAAUAUCCCACCCUUAUUUCUUGUGGAUUAGGUUUGAUCAGAUAGCAAUAAGCAAAUGACUUGCCAAUGUAACUGGUGCAACUGGUAUUCUACAAAGACAUAAGGAGCACACAGACGAUUCCUUUUAGGAUAAGAAGAUGCUUCUUUCACUAGCUUUUGUGGUAGGUGUGGCUUCCAACAGCAGUUGAUUGACAGUUGUAUAAAUCCCGCAUAUAUAUCCAACUCCUUACACAAUUCUUUGAAGUAGUAAUGUUAUCUUUAUACCCUUUCAUUUUCCAUUUUUGUUCAGAAGAAUUGACAAUUCUCUAGAAAAAUGUAAAACCCUCUGAAUUGUUCUGUGAACUAAAGCACUAAGGAAGAAAGACAACAUGUUGCAGGUAAAAAGGCUGCUGAUGUGCAGGAAAACCUCUUCAUAGAACUCAGAGUUAAAGGUGGUGAGAAGUUUCCAUUGUAUGUGAACUUUUGGUGGUAAGAGAAAAGCUGACUGAAUCCCCUUUUUUCGUGAAAACUUCAUCCUAUUUUGUUUCUGGUUUAUUCUUGGUGCCCAUUUUCUCCAAAGGAAGAGCAAAUGCAAAGAGCUUCUAGAAAUCCAGAAUGGAUGCUGCUGCUUUAGACUUUACGUAUAUUAGGUAUUACAAAGGGCGCUUCUGUACAUUGCUUAAUAUCUUUUGAACAUGUUAGAGAAUAACAAUAAUAAUUAAAAGAUUAAGAACAGCAAAGGAACACACAAACCUCUGGUGAAAUCAGGUAAAUGGAGCUACUGAGGAAAUUAGUUAUUUCAUCUUAAUUAUUUGUAAAAAUGAUAUUCAGUAAUUAAAGUUAUUAAAAGUCAAGAAAAAUAUCUUAAGCCAGCCAGAUGGCACUGACCACAAUGUUGCUUUGUUUAUGAAGGGUUUGGACUUCAAGAUAUACUAACAAAUAUAAAACAAAAGAUAAAUGAUAACAUACAAUUUACCCCCAAUUAUUAUUUUAGUUUGAGAUACCUAGGGAUUUGCUAAUCUCUCGCAUGUGGCUUCUAGAACUAUGCUGCACAAUAUUAUAUCCAGGAGCCGAAUGUGGUUAUUUAUUUAAAUUUAGAUUAAUUAAAAUUAAAUAAAAAUUCUGUUCUGAGUCACACUAGCCACAUUUCAAGUGCCCAGUAGCCACAAGUGGCUUGUGGCUACCAUAUUGAACAACGCAGAACAUUACCAUCAUGUAGAAAAUUGGAUUACAUAGUGCUGUAGAGGUCUUUCCUUUUACUUCCCUCUCCUUUAAAAAAAAGGAGGAGAAGGAAAAAAGAGGAGAUUUGGUAGUUCCUGGGCAUAUCUAAGCAUUUUUUAUCUCAGAGAGCAAUGUGGAGUAAGGAAAAGAAUACUGGCUGACCCAGCUUUGAGUCUCCAUUCUUGUUAUUUUGGAAAAUCACUUUUAACCUCCAGGAGACUCAGUUUGUGAUUUGGGGAAAUAAAAAUAUUUUUGUCCUAUCUUCCUUGCAAGAUUAUUAUUAUGCAGAUUGACUAAAUGUACAGGUGUACAGACUUUUAAAACCUUAUGUCAAAGUAACCCAUAUAAAGCACAUCUAUUGGUCCAACCAGCACAAAUUUGCAUUCAGAGGAAGAAAGGUCCAUCAGUCCAGAAAGCAUUCAAAGACAAUCAAAUUGAUCUGUUUCUUGAGAAAAUGCCAAAGGAGAAUACAUUCAAAACACACAGCAAAUUGCUUAAGUUUCUUUUUUCCCAUCUUAAUAUUUUCUCUUAAUGUUUCCUCUACAUGACAUCUCUCCCAAUGUCUCUCCUCUCCCAGGCCACAGCGUCCUGUGUGCAUCCUUCAACUGGCUCAGUUCUUUCCAAUGGAGUCCCUUAGCCUCUCUGGUGUCUUCUGAUUUCCCAGUCUACUCAUCACAGCAAAGGGAGGCCCGAGAGCUAACCAGCAGUGUUCUCUUUAGAAGGAAAUACCUCAAGUACAAAUAAUUUCAAAUAUUAGUUUAUCCCUGGUAGCAUGAAUACAAGGGGCUAUCACAUUAAACUAUAAAUAUGUGAAACAAUUUUAAAUGUAAAAAUUUGCAAAUGCAGACUCUACAAAAGGAAUCAAAUUAAGUUAAAUUAUGCUAAUACGCAGAUAUAUAUUCUCAGAUUAGUAUUUUUUAUUAGUUUUUGGCAAAAAAAAUUUCUUAUGUUGUUUCCUCAUUCUGAAGGAGUAUAAAUUUGGUAAUGCCCCAAGUGUCUAUUGUCCAUUUGAGAUAAAGUUUUGCUGGAACACACAUCUUGGUUCAAGACACUUCCAUUCCAUGAUAAGAAAUUAAUAUUUAAAUAACACUAACUUAAAAAUAGAUCCUAUGGCUAUGGUUUCUCCUUCCUGUGACAUGUUAUUUUGUUUUGUAUUUCUUCAGGGCUUUUUCACAUGUUUUAUUACGAUGUGCCCUGCUCAUUCCAAAAGGUUGCUCUUGCUUUUUCUUUCCCACCACAGCUCACGGCGCACUAUGGACAUCAGCAUCCAUAUGCCAGAAUCAUGGGAGAUAUCUAAUCCAACCUCUUCAUUUCACAGAUCAGAAAAUUGAGGCCCAGAGAGAGAGAAUAAUUUUCCCAGUAUCGGCACUGGGUCUUGAGCUUAAAACUCCUGACUGGUUAUUUUUGUUCCAGUUCUCUUUGCCUACACCCCUUUGUUGGCAUUUAAGACCAACCAAGCAGCUUAGAAGGCACAGUCCAUCUAAAGGCUAACUUUAUUUGCCACAUUGACUGUCUGCUCUGUCCUCUAUUAUGGAACAUUGGGCCAAGCUUCCUCUGUCAUGUUGCUGUCUUAAGAAAGGUGCCAUUUGUAUAGCAACCAGCGAUUCCAAGUUCUAGCCUAAUAUCACAGGGUCUUUAGUUGGCUUCAAAUAUUCCUUCCCCCUUCUCCUACCUGUCUCCAUCUAAAUUAGCAAUACUAUUUAUCUUUGUCGAUUUAAAAUUAUUCUCCCUUUGUUUCUUUUCUUCCCAAACGUACCUGAAUGCUAAUCAUCUUCAUAGCAUAUUUUCUUAUGACAUAUAUGAUCACAAUUCUUAUUUGCUUUUUAAACUAUUUGAGCAUUUUUCCCUAAAAAAGAUUUUUUGAGCAAAUAUUACAAGGUCUGUGGAAUUGCCUAUUAUCUACCCGUAUUUACCUUGUGUUUGUGAAGCACUUUGCCUUUUACAGAGCACUUUGAUGCAUCCCUUUGUUUGUUCAUUCAAUCACUCAGUUCACUUAAAUAUUUAUUAAGCACUUACUGGAGCCAAGUUCCUGUGCAAGAUCUAGUGGUUUAUAGUGACAAAUACAAAUAGUGAGAGAUCAAGCUUGUCCACUGAUAACGAUAAUAUGGUGAAAUCCUCAAACACAACUUCACAAGGAGGUGGGAUCAACAUUACUCUAUUCAAUUUCCAAUUCCAAUUUUCUAUUCUACUUAGAUAGGGAACAAUCCAGAUUCUGCCUGAAGAAUGCUUCUGAAUGAUACAUCUGUGCUGUUUGCUCUAUUUCAAAGGAUCUGUUAAUUUUACUAUGAGAAGAAAAGUUACUCAUCCGAAGUUUAGACCCAGGAGGACCUUCUAGGUCACUUGAAUUCUUUCUGACCAGAUGCAGUUCACUUUCCCACACCAAUGUUUCUUUUGUGACUUUUUGAAGUAUCAAGAUCAUGAAAUAGUCCAGGAAACCCAGUGUAUCAAAGACGCAUUUGCACUUUAGAUCUGUGUGGCUGUUUGCCAUUUAUUAGGCUGUCUCCAGUUUUCUCAGCCUCGGCACUAUUGCCAUUUUAGGCUCCAUAAUUCUUUGUUAGGGGAAUGGGAGUGGUCCCGUGCAUCGCACAGUGUUUGGCAGCUUCCGUGCUUCUAUUGAGAAUAUGCAAGUAGCUCACAUACAGCCCUCUGCCCAGUUGUGACAACUAAAUAUGUCUCCAGACAUAGCCAAACGUCUCCUGGGGUAGGAUUGGGAAAACUACUGGAUUAGCUAGUGAGCAAAAUAUAUCAGGAGAAAAAAGCACACAUUUCUCUUUCUCUUGUCACUUAAUCUUCAUCAUAGAUAAGUUUUCAUUCACAAUAAGACUUAGAACCAUAAACUCUGAAUUAGAAGGGGCUAUGAAAGUCACCAGCUCAGCCACAACCCAACAUCAUCCUUAUCUAUCUCUCCAUCUCUUGGUUUUACAAACGUAUUGAGAGAAGAUCGGAAGAUUGGUUAUCUCUGGGAACUUGGGAAUUGACUUUUUCAGAGCUGGAGAUAAGGCUGCUCAGUAAUUACGCUUUGCUGCUGUAAUAGCUGCUGCAGUGGUUUUUGCUUCCAGGUGGGGACUUGGGGUCACACAGCUUCUGUAUCUCAGACUUUGCUUUGAGGAGUUUUCUUUUGGUCAUUUCACACAUCUACAAAUUUUGUUCUUUCGUCUCUUUACCUUUAAAAUGUGCGUAGAAGUUAAAGUUUGGUACAUCUAAUUUUAAGCAUAUCUGGAUGAGCUUUUGAUCUGAUACUGAUUUUUUAUUGUCCCUCUUUGGGGAAAAAAAUUUUUUUGACUAUCCUCAGUAAUUGAAAAUUGAAAAUUUCUAAGUUAGAAUGUCUAAAUCUGUCAAGCCAAAGUUCCUACUGAUUUGAUGUGCCUUAUGUCAGUUUUCCUGUAAGGUCUAUGAUUUCCUAUGAUUAACUUUGAACCCAAUCAGUUUGUACUUGUGUCUAUUCUGUACCAAUUGGAAAACUUGGUGAAGUUAUACAAAGACAAACCCUUAAGAAAAUUCCUAGAAAUAACAAACCCCCAGGGAGAGUAUCAGGCCUCCUUUUAUUCCUUUGCUGGAAGACCAACCUAGAUUUGAAAGCACUCAUAAUUAUUUUCUACAAGUUGCUUCUAUGGAUAUACAGUUGAAAACCUUGAUGGCAAACUCUAAGGCUAUGGAAUAUUGACAAGCACACUCAGAGUGAAUUCUCAUAAGACAAUCAUGGAAAUCAGAACACCCCAACCCAGGAGACCCUCAAGCGUGCAUAUAAUUUUCUACUAUACCACUGUCAUAUCAGACAAUAUGGUGUUACUUAACAUUUUGAUUAAGUUGAUCUUCUAAUUUCAACUUAAAUUGUAACACAGCUGCCUAAUUAUUGCCUGACAUAACUUUUAAACUAUCCAGUGCCCACUGCUCUCACAAUGAUUAUUGCAAAGUGGUAAGAUGAUAAUUAUUCCAGUAAAAUCAUAUAAUUUCUUGGAUCACUUCUCUAUAACAAGUUUAUGGAAAACAUCAUCACUGACUUCUCAAUAAUACAUUUAUUAUAAAUGACCAAAUUAUGUCUAGAGAAAUAAAUUGCUCAAAACUCAUUGUAAAUGAAUUUCCAGAUCACUGUUCACACUGAAAGAUUGUGUUACUUUAAAUCCAGAAUAAAAGGCUGGAAAAAAAUUCAUGCAAAUCAUACACUGGUACACAUCGUUUUGUAAUUUCUAAGAUUUAUUAACAUUUGAGAAUUAGUGAAAAAAAAAAAAUCGACUCCUGAUGGAAGAAAGUAAAAAAUUUUAACUUGGCAAACAGUGAUAUAUUCAUUUUGAUUUCAGCUGAAAAAUCUCAGUGACUUCUCUCAUUCCCACUGGAGUGCUGAUUUUUAAAAACAGUCUCUCUUUUCCUUAGCAUUACAAAAAAUAUAUAUUCGUGACCAACAUUUCACUUACUAAUCAUGCAGCUAUAAACCUUUUGUGCCUAUCGAAUAGAUACAUAGCAUGAAACUAAUUUUAGAAGUUUGUUACGUAGGGAGAGGUAGAAACACAGUGGGAAAAUGGGGACGAUUCAUGGAAAACAGAAAGAUCAAAAUAUGUUAUCAAGCAGGGUUUUCAAUUUCUUCAGAGCAAUGUGCAAAUAAAUAUUCAGUGAGGAUCAGCUCUGAUUUAGGUCAAUCAGACAUUCAGACACUGGGGCACAGAUCCAGCAAUGAUGCUAAGAAACAUGUGACAUAGAGAAAGUCAAGGAUGUCCCCAAUUAAUCUUAAAACUCAGCCCUCAUCCACCUGUACCCCUCCUAUGGCACUAGUCCUAAGAUCAGCAAGGCCCUUGCUCUUGGGGAUUGGGUUGCCUACGGUCAGAUGAUGACCCAAAAGAGACUUUCCAUUUAUCUCCUUUUGACUUGCAAGGCCUGUUCUUUGCUUCCCUAAUACCAGAGAUCAUGAGACAGCCAACCACAUAUAGGCAAUAAAAUACAAUUUAAAAAAAAAUUUCCUGAGGAAAGAAUAAGAGAGGGCUUUUUGAACGGUAGACCCAUACCUGGAUCUCUGGGAAUUUUGACCUUCUCAGGACUUAGACUCAAGUACUAUUGUCUAGACAUUGUGGUCAAGUCUAAGCAACCAUUUUAGAGAUAGUUUGAACAAAAUCAUACUCAGAUUGCCAUAUUUUUAGCAGAGAAAUAAAAUCUCAAAUUAAAUGUCCUCUACCAGGCUACUCUGAAAAUACCAUUAAGUGAAAUCAGAGCUUCCCUUGCUAAGAAAUGUUAAAAUCAUUUUAGGGAAAUGAAUUAAAUUUCAUUAGACACAGACAUUCUGAGUAUAAGUAGAUCUUAGGGCCCUUGCUGAGAAGGGGAAAGUCUUUUCAUGGGUUGGUCAAAACAAAUCUCUCAUUUGCCCCAUUUGAGGCAUUGGGAGAGUGCCUGGGAAGUACAUUAUUUUCAGGGCAAAAAAAAGAGACAGCCUUUUUUGCAUGCCAGCUGGGAUCAUGGGAACGUCCAAUGCCAGGAAUUUACUGCUGUUUCUGGUAAUUCUGCUUGUAGUCAUUUGAAAUGUUCAAGUGUGAAAGGAGAAGAAGUUGGGCACCCGGGGGGCUGUCUGUGUUUUAUGCCAGUUGCACCAGCACACAGAAUAUUUGUAAAUGCAUUUCAAAGUGGGUAUAAUUGUACCCUUUGUCAGAAUCACAAAGCUCACUGGGGUGCUGCUGAAAGAGAACACUGGGGUAAAUCUGACCCUGUAAACCCAGUCACCCCCAAGCAAAAGGAAAGACUGUGGGUGAGCACAGCACAUUGCCAGCUAGUUUCUGAGUUUUCUAAAGCCUUGUAUGUCAAAUCAAGGACAGGUCUCUCAGGUGAAGGUUAAUUUUGCGGAAGUUUUCCAAAACCUCAUUUAAUACAGGGCUUGGAAGAGUAUUUUGAAUUUAUUCCAGUCCCCCGGGCAUCAUUCUGUUUCCUCUGCCAUGUCAAUGAGACAUUCUGAGGCUGCAUUCUUUCACGUUGAAUUAAUGUACACAUACUUCAUGACGACCUCGUGCUUGACAUACCUGAUCCUGCAAAUGUAAAAAGGAUUGUAUCUGAAUUUGCACUAAUGGUGUUGGAUAGCAGAAGAAGCAUGACCUUUAUUGAAAUCUGCUGUUUAAAUUCAGUCAUUCAGAUGCUACAUCCUUCUGCAACUAGAUUUUCACUGUAAGAUUAAUUACCUAAGUUUGAAUGUAUUUCCUUACAGUUCGUUAAUUUGCCAUCUAUCUUUUACCUGGGCAUCAUUAUGAUUGCAAUCAUUCAUUAAAGGUUUCCUCACACAGCUUCUUAAAUCAAGUUUUUCUGCAAUUCUUCUGGUUCUCCGUACAGUAUGUGGGAAAUGUUUUUUUUUUUUUCUAGUAAUAAUUUUGUAAGAAAGCCAGUGUAUUGACUGCCAUGGCAACACAAUUUAUCUUUAAAGGUCUAGAAGCUGGUGGUGACCAAAUGUUACCUAUGUUCUCUCUGUUGGUUGCUCUUUUUUGGAAUUAAAUCUUGUUUCUUCAUUUUCAGUUUGACUCAACAAAUUUGGGAUUUUCAAGGGGGAGAAGGGAGCAAUUUGUGUAAUACUGCUGUCAUAUUUGACUACAUAUUAAAAACAAUAAAUGAUCAUUUUGUUUUAAUUUCUUAAA